CCCCACCCCACCCGCGGCCAUGGCGGCGCGAACCCUCCUCCCCCUCCCCCUCGCUCUCUGCUACGCCUCCUCUCCGUCUCCGCACCGCGCCACCCUGCUCACCACCCACCGCCGCGGGGCGGCGCGGCCGCUGGCGUCGCCAGGCUGGUGCCCCGUGCGCAGUGACGCCACCUCGCCGCGGCGAGCAGGCCCCCCUGCGCCGUGCGCGGCCAAGCGUCGCGGAGAGGUAGCCUCGGACGACGGCGGCGGCGGGGCGCGCCCGCUUCUUCAGGCGGCGCUGUGGGGCGCUGAGGCCGCGUACAUACUCUGGCUCUUCCUCCUCCCGUACGCUCCGGGUGACCCGGUGUGGGCUAUCUCGCAAGCCACGAUCAGUGACCUUAUUGGCCUGUCGCUCAAUUUCUUCUUCAUCCUACCGUUGCUAAAUUCUGCUGGAGUUCACCUACUCGAAUCCCCGGUGCUACACCCAAUGGCUGAAGGAUUGUUCAAUUUUGUGAUCGCCUGGACGGUGCUCUUUGCGCCACUUCUCUUCACAGAUUCUAGGAGGGACCGUUUCAAGGGAUCGCUGGACCUAUUGUGGGGUUCUCAGAUGUUCCUCACAAACACUUUCUUGAUACCUUACAUGGCAAUCCGACUCAAUGAUCCUGACAAGGACCAGUCUCCCCCACAAACAUCAAAAUUGGGUUCAGUUUUGGUGAGAGGUGCAUCGAUUGUCGGCCUAACCAGUGGCUUGGUCUGCAUCGUGUCGAUUGCUUGGGCGCUCUUUGGUCGUGCAGAUGCUGGUUUUGGAGGCAUUGAAGAACGCUGGCAGUACGUCCAAAGUUAUGUCUUUUCAGAGCGGGCUGCUUAUGCAUUUGUUUGGGACAUUCUGCUGUAUUCAAUAUUCCAGCCAUGGUUGAUCGGAGACAAUAUUCAGAACGUGAAGGCAGAUUCUACUGAGUUUGUGAAUUCAGUAAGGUUUGUCCCUGUUAUUGGUCUUGUCGCCUACCUCUUUUGCUUGCAGGACAGAGAUGCUUAACCGCUACUCCGCUAAUUGUGUUGUUGUAACUUCUGUGACCAUAUAUGGAGAUUGUGGGUGACUGAAUUCUAAGUUAAUUUGGUGGUGCAUUUUCAGUUCUCACAGUUCAUAAAAAGAGAAGUUUUGAGUGC